UCUCUCUGUGUCUCUAUUUUAGUCUCUCCUAGGCCUGACCACAUAAUGAUAGACCUUUAGUAUAUUAAAGGACCCUGCCCAAGCGCCACCUCCCUCUUUGGUGGCCCUUAUAAGCCUCUCACAUGGAGGUGGGGGGGCAUUACUCUCCAUGCACAGACAUCCUGACGGUUAGCUAUAGUUUGGGUAUCUCCUGUGUAAGCGCUAACCAUGGACAACCAUUCGUACAACUUCCCCUCAGAUUGCACCCCGCUCACCAACUGUAAGUCUGCCCGUAAGCCGGCUGGAUCCACCGUGAUUAACAUGGGCAACGCUGGCAAGAAUGCUCCCCGGGACUAUCUAGUCUGGUCACUGUGCAACACCUUGUAUGUUAAUUUCUGCUGCCUGGGAUUCAUGGCUCUCAUCUACUCCAUCAAGGCCAGGGACCAGAAGACUCAGGGCAACCUGCAGCUGGCUCAGGAGUGUUCAGACAAGGCCAAGUGGUACAACAUCCUGGCAGCCGGCUGGAACCUGCUGAUUCCACUUCUGGCCCUCGUCCUGCUCGUCCUCCUGCUUGUCCACCUGGGCUCGUCCCAGGGGUCCUUUGAUUUCAUCGGAGAGGACGGCUUCCAAAACUUCAUGAAGCUGUUCAGUUGGUAGAUGGUGGAGUAGGGGGAGAAAUAACAAUAAAUAAGAAUAAUAAUAAUGUUAAUAUCAAUAAAAAACAGAACUGAUCAGUCUAAAACUCAACCCAUUCGCACUAACCAGGAGAGGGUGUUUGAUUGGAUUCAGCAGAUGAGGACUGGCAUCAGAAUUUUAGCCAGUCUAAGCCAAGCGAUAAAGCUCUCCUUUACACGGAGGUCAGGCCUUGUGCUCAGCUUCCCACCUAAAAUCUGCUCAGCACUGAAAUAAUCCUAAUUGGUGAUAAAGAAAAGUAAGCCUUGAUUUGUGUAUUACGUAAACGUCCUCCUUGGGACGCAUCAGUACCAGUGCUGCUAUCAGAUAUUCAGCCAAUAAAAGACAGUAACUGAGAGUUACACACAAACAAAUCAGGAUAAAACAGAAUACUUCUGGACCAGUGAUGUGACACUCAUGACGCAGGGUUCAUGUUCAGUAAAAGCAACACAACGGUUUAAUACUUAGAGCCAACUCUAUCAGAAUUUGUACUGUGAUUACUGUGGGGCAUCAUUACCAGUGCAUCCCUUAUUCUUAUGUCAGUAUUAGAGGGGGUUCGGCUUACACCUGCCAGUCUCUCAAACACAGUCAAGAUGUCGAUCAAAGACUGAACAGUCUAAAAUGGAAAAGAGGGGAAAGACUAGCAGCUGAGUAGAGGAUGAGAGACUGGGCAUGUGUCUAGUCUGGGUCAUUUUUCUUGUUAUUUAUUGUAUUUAUGUGGAAUGGAAAUUUUGAUGACAGCUGAAAUUAUGUCUAGUCAGGGUAGAAAGAGGAGAAAGCAGAGAGUCAGCGGACUGUGGAGCCAAAGUGUGAAUCACAACGAUGAGAAUCCACAUGACUAAGGACAACCAACAUUCACCUCCCACUGAAAGUCACUUAUUUUUCUUCGUUAAGCAUUUUAUUGCUGUAACAGCAUCUGUUUUUUUUUGUCAUUAUUCGUGUAUUUUAAUUAAUAUUUGUUUUAAGUGUUUUAAUUUUACAUCAUCUUAUUGCUGACCUCUUGUGAGCAAGCUAAAUAAACCAGAUACUGUUAACUCAGUAUUAGAGUGAAAAGAAAA